CGCCGCCGAGCAGUGACCCGGGUCCGAGCCGCCGCCGAGCAGCGACAGUCGGGUCCGAGCCGCCUCCAAGCAGCGACCCGGGUCCGAGCGGGAGCUAAGAGCAGAGCCCCCCCGCGCCCAGCGCCGCCGCGAUGAAGGCGGGCCCGGGGGUCCAGGGCAGCGCCCCCUGCUUCCUGCGCUUCCCGCGGCCAGUGCGGGUGCCCAGUGGCGCGGAGGCCGAGCUCCGGUGCGUGGUGCUGGGCGAGCCGCCGCCCACCGUGGCCUGGGAGAAGGGCGGCCGGCCGCUGCAGGCCUCGGAGCGCCUGAGCUUCCCGCGGGACGGCGCGGAGCACGGGCUGCUGCUGAGCCCCGCGCUGCCGGGGGACGCGGGCGUGUACGUGUGCCGGGCCCGCAACGCGGCCGGGGAGGCCUACGCGGCGGCCGCGCUCACCGUGCUGGAGCCGCCCGCGCCGCCGCCCUCCGAGCGCCCCCCGCCGCCGCCCGCCGGCGCGCAGGACCCGGGCGCGCCCACCUUCGUGUCGGGGCCGCGCUCGCAGUGGGUGCUGCGGGGGGCCGAGGUGGUGCUGUCGUGCGAGGCGGCGGGGCUGCCCGAGCCCGCGCUGCGCUGGGAGAAGGACGGCAUGGCGCUCGACGAGGUGUGGGACAGCGGCCACUUCGCGCUGGAGCCGCGGCGCGCCCAGGGGGCCCGGGGGGCCCGGCUGACCCUGCGCAUCCCCGCCGCCCGGCUGCCCGACUCCGGCGUGUACGUGUGCCACGCCCGCAACGCGCACGGACACGCGCAGGUGGGCGCGCUGCUGCAGGUGCACCUGCCCCCCGACGGGCCCCCCGACGACCCCGACGGCGCAGCCGAGCAGCGGCCGCAGCCCGAGCCGGGCCGGGGCGCCCCCAAGACCUUCUGGGUGAACGAGGGCAAGCACGCCAAGUUCCGCUGCUACGUGAUGGGCAAGCCCGAGCCUGAGAUCGAGUGGCACUGGCAGGGCCGCCCGCUGCUGCCCGACCGCCGCCGCCUCAUGUACCGCGACCGCGACGGCGGCUUCGUGCUCAAGGUGCUGUACUGCCAGGCCCGGGACCGCGGGCUGUACGUGUGCGCCGCGCGCAACUCGGCGGGACAGACGCUCAGCGCCGUGCAGCUGCACGUCAAAGAGCCCCGCCUGCGCUUCUCCCGGCCGCUGCAGGACGUGGAGGGCCGCGAGCAGGGCAUCGCGGUGCUGGAGUGCCGGGUGCCCAACGCGCGCAUCCCCACCGCCUGGUUCCGCGAGGACCAGCGCCUGCUGCCCUGCCGCAAGUACGAGCAGAUCGAGGAGGGCGCGGUGCGCCGCCUGGUCAUCCACCGGCUGCGGGCGGACGACGACGGCGUCUACCUGUGCGAGAUGCGCGGCCGGGUGCGCUCCGUGGCCACGGUCACCGUCCGAGGGCCCAUCGUCAGGCGGCUGCCCCGCAAGCUGGACGUCCUGGAGGGCGAGAACGCGGUGCUGCUGGUGGAGACGCGUGAGGCCGGGGCGCAGGGCCGCUGGAGCCGCGACGGGGAGGACCUGCCAGCCAUGUGCCAGAGCAGCUCGGGCCACAUGCAUGCCCUGGUCCUGCCCGGGGUCACCUGCGAGGACGCGGGUGAGGUCACCUUCAGCCUGGGCAGCUCCCGCACCACCACCCUGCUCAGAGUCAAAGGCAUCAAGCACAGCCCCCCCGGGCCCCCCGUGCUGGCAGAGAUGUUCAAGGGCCACAAGAACACAGUCCUGCUGACCUGGAAGCCCCCAGAGCCACCCCCCGAGACCCCCUACAUCUACCGCUUGGAGCGGCAGGAGGUGGGCUCGGAGGACUGGGUCCAGUGCUUCAGCAUCGAGAAGGCGGGGGCCGUGGAGGUACCGGGGGACUGCGUGCCCGCCGAGGGCGACUACCGCUUCCGGGUGUGCACCGUCACCCAGCACGGCCGCAGCCCCCACGUGCUGUUCCACGGGGCGGCCCACCUGGUGCCCACCGCACGCCUGGUGGCCGGCUUAGAAGACGUGCAGGUAUAUGACGGAGAGGAUGCGGUCUUCUCCCUGGACCUGUCCACCAUCAUCCCAGGCACCUGGUUUCUGAACGGAGAAGAGCUCUCAGGCGGCCAGGCUGAGGGCCAGGUGGAGCCAGGGGCCCUGCGCUACCGCAUGGAGCAUAAGGGCCUGCGACACAGGCUUAUCCUACGGGCUGUCGGGCACCGGGACAGCGGGACCCUGGUGGGCUUCAGCUGCCCGGGAGUGCAGGACUCGGCUGCCCUCACCAUCCAAGAGAGCCCCGUGCACAUCUUGAAGCCCCAGGAGCGCGUGUGCCUGAGCUUCACCACCUCGGAGCGGGCGGUGCUAACCUGCGAGCUGUCCCGGGCGGACUUCCCUGCGCGCUGGUACAAGGACGGGCGGCCGGUGCAAGAGAGCGAGGCCCUGGCUGUGAGCGUGGACGGCCGCAGGCACCGCCUGGUCCUGCCCAAGGCCGCCCUGGAUGACAGUGGCGAGUUCGAGUGCCGGACGGAGGGGGUGUCCGCCUUCUUCAGCGUCACUGUGCGAGACCCCCCGGUGCACAUCCUGGACCCCCGGGAGCACGUGUUCGUGCACGCCAUCACCUCGGAGUGCGUGGUGCUGAGCUGCCAGCUGUCUCGCGAGGACGCCCCGGUGCGUUGGUACAAGGACGGGCUGGAGGUGGAGGCGGGCGGGGCCCUGGUGCUGGAGAGCGAGGGUCCCCACCGCCGCCUGGUGCUGCCCGCCGCCCAGCCCCCCGACGGCGGAGAGUUUCAGUGUGAGGCGGGAGAGGAGCGCGCCUACUUCACAGUCACCAUCACAGACGUGUCCUCCUGGAUCGUGUACCCCAGCGGCAAGGUGUUUGUGGCGGCUGUGCGCCUAGAGCGGGUGGUGCUGACGUGUGAGCUGUGCCGGCCCUGGGCUGAGGUGCGCUGGACCAAGGAUGGCGUGGACGUGGUGCAGAGCGAGGCUCUGCUUCUGCAGCAGGAGGACGCCGUACGCCGGCUGGUGCUGCCUGCCGUCCAGCUGGAGGACUCGGGCGAGUACCUGUGCCAGAUCGACCGCGAGGCCGCCUCCUUCACCCUCACCGUGACAGAGCCCCCUGUGCACAUCCUGCACCCCCAGGACGAGGUGACCCUGCUGGCCGAGAGCGGGGAGCGCGUGGUGCUGAGCUGCCAGCUGUCUCGCGAGGACGCCCCCGUGUGUUGGUACAAGGACGGGCUGGAGGUGGAGGAGGGCGGGGCCCUGGUGCUGGAGAGCGAGGGUCCCCACCGCCGCCUGGUGCUGCCCGCCGCCCAGCCCCCCGACGGCGGCGAGUUCGUGUGUGAUGCCGGGGAUGACUCGGCCUUCUUCACAGUCACUGUCACAGCCCCCCCAGAGAAGAUCGUGUGCCCGGCCACCCGCUCCCUGGACCUGCAGUUCCAGACACAGGAGCAUGUGGAACUGUGCUGCGAGGUGGCCCCCACAGGCUCCCGGGUGCGCUGGCUCAAGGACGGGCUGGAGGUGGAUGCGUCCGCCGCCUUGCUGCUGGGUGCCGAGGGGGCCGUUCGCACCCUGACCCUGCCCUGCGCGAGGCCCGAGGACGCCGGCGAGUACGUGUGUGAGACCCGCCAUGAUGCCGUCACCUUCAAUGUCAGCCUGGCAGAAGCCCUGCCCACCAAGCUGCUCUCGGAGCUGACCCCGCUGACAGUCCAGGAGGGCGAGGAUGCCACAUUCAGAUGUGAAGUGUCGCCCCCCCACGCGGAGGUCACUUGGCUACUGCGCGGGGACCCUGUCACCCCGGGGCCCCUGCUGCAGGUGGCGAAAAGCGGUUCCAGCCGCACGCUGACCCUGCGGGGCUGCCGACCAGCAGACGCUGGGACAGUGACCGCCCAAGCCGGGGACACGGCCACGACCGCCCGCCUGCACGUCCGAGAAAAGGAGCUGCUGUUCCUGCGGAAGCUGCAGGAUGUAUGCACAGAGGAAGGCCAGGAGGUCUGCCUGGAGGCGGAGACCGACCACGUGGGUGCGGCGGGCUCGGUGUGCUGGGUUCGCGGCCAGGAGCCCCUCCCCUCCGACCAGCGCCUGGCAGUGACCCAGGAGGGCUGCCUCCACCGACUCUGUAUCCACGGUGUCCUGCUGGCCGACCAGGGCACCUAUGGCUGUGAGAGCUCCCACGACCGCACCCUGGCCAGGCUCAGCGUGAGGCCGAGGCAGCUGAAGGUACUACAACCCCUGGAAGACGUGAUGGCUGAGGAGGGGGGCAGUGCCACCUUCCAGCUGGAGCUGUCGCAGGAGGGCGUGGCCGGGGAGUGGGCCCUGGGCGGCGUGCUGCUACAGCCUGGCCCCAAGUGCCACAUGCAGGCAGAAGGCCAGACCUACCGCCUGGUGCUCCACGGCCUGGGCCUGGCCGAGGCUGGCUGCGUGGCCUUCACCGCCGACUCCCUGCGCUGUGCGGCCAGGCUGACUGUGAGAGAAGCCCCCGUGACCUUCGUGCGGGGACCACAGGACCUGGAGGUGACCGAGGGAGACACGGCUACGUUUGAAUGCGAGCUUUCGCAGGCGCUGGCGGAUGUCACCUGGGAGAAGGACGGGCACCCGCUGUCGCCAGGGGAGCGGGUCCGGUUGCAGGCCCUGGGCACCCGCCGCCUCCUCCAGCUCCGGCGCUGCGGGCUCUCGGACGCCGGCACCUACGACUGCGCGGCGGGGGCGGCCCGGUGCGGGCCCGCGAGCCUGGCCGUGCGCGAGCGCACAGUGGAGGUGCUGUCGGAGCUGCGCUCGGUGCGCGCCCGCGAAGGCGACAGUGCCACUUUCCAGUGCACCGUGUCGGAGGUCGAGGCCGACCGCAGCUGGGCGCUCGGGGGCCGCCCGCUGAGACCUGGAGGCCGUGUCCGCAUCCGCCAGGAAGGGAGGAGACACGUCCUGGUGCUGAGCGAGCUGCGCCCCGAGGACGCCGGGGAGGUUCGCUUCCAGGCCGGGCGCGCCCAGUCCGUGGCUCUGCUGGAGGUGGAGGCCCUGCCUCUCCAGAUGUGCCGCCGCCCGCCUCGCGAGAAGUCGGUGCUGGCGGGCCGCCGCGCAGUGCUGGAGGUGACCGUGUCCCGCGCGGGGGGCCGCGUGCGCUGGCUGCGGGAGGGGGCGGAGCUGCGGGAGGGGGGCCGCUACGAGCUGCGCAGCCACGGCCCCACCCACAGCCUGGUCAUCCGGGACGUGCGCCCUGAGGACCAGGGCACCUACUGCUGCCAGGCCGACGGGGACAGCGCCCACACGCGGCUGCUGGUGGAGGGCAGCUAGGAGGACUGAAGCGGGCCAGGCGGGGCCCUUGGACUGCUCCUUGGAAGGCCGAAGGUGCCUGCCUCGACCCCAGGCAGGGUGGGGAGGCAGGGGAUACCCAGUUGUUGGAAGACAAUAAAAGCCAUGCAGCCCCUG